CCCCCCGCCCCUUCCCCAGGCCGCAGGCAGCGGCUGCUAGAAGGCCCAGAGCGGCCUGGGGGACGGAGGCCUCCGGCUCCAAGGAGCCCAGGCUGGCCGCAGCCCCGCGUCUUCCCUCCAGGCCCCACGAGGUCAGGCGGGGCACUCACAGCCACGCUUGGGCUCCGGCCCCACGUUGGCCCCUGGAGGGCGGCCAGCCUCACGCCCAGCGUAGGAUUUUCCAUCUCCUGGAUCCAUCUCCAGCUCCAUGUCCCGGGCAUCUCCUGAGCUGGAGAGCGGGCCCCUGGCCUCCACCAGCUGCUCGGCGCCCCGGGGUCCCAGGAAGGGCGGCCCAGUUGCAGCAGACAGGAAGGAGAAGGCCGCAGCGAUGCCCGACUCUCCCGCCGAGGUGAAGACGCAGCCCCGGUCCACACCCCCCAGCAUGCCGCCCCCGCCGCCCGCCACAUCCCAGGGGGCCCCACGGCACCCCCCCUUCACGCCCCACACAAAUCGAGAGGACGGACCUGUGAUGUCUCUGCCCCACGGCCGUUUUCAUGGCUGCUUAAAAUGGUCUAUGGUCUGUCUUUUGAUGAACGGCAGCACACACUCACCGACGGCCGUCAACGGCACCCCGUCCACGCCCAACGGUUUCAGCAAUGGCCCGGCCACCUCAUCCACGGCCUCGCUGUCCACGCAGCACCUGCCCCCCGCCUGCGGGGCGCGGCAGCUGAGCAAGCUGAAGCGGUUCCUCACCACCCUGCAGCAGUUUGGCAACGACAUCUCCCCGGAGAUCGGGGAGCGCGUGCGCACGCUGGUGCUGGGGCUCGUGAACUCCACGCUGACCAUUGAGGAGUUUCACUCCAAGCUCCAGGAGGCCACCAACUUCCCGCUGCGACCUUUUGUCAUCCCCUUCCUGAAGGCAAACCUGCCGUUGCUGCAGCGAGAACUGCUGCACUGCGCCCGCCUGGCCAAGCAGACCCCUGCCCAGUACCUGGCCCAGCACGAGCAGCUCCUGCUGGAUGCCAACGCCUCUUCCCCCAUCGACUCCUCGGAGCUCCUGCUGGAGGUCAACGAGAACGGCAAGAGGAGGACCCCUGACAGGACCAAAGAGAACGGGUCAGACCGGGACCCGCUGCACCCCGACCACCUCGGCAAACGGCCGUGCACCCUGAGCCCUGCCCAGCGCUACAGCCCCAGCAACGGGCUGCCCCACCCCACGCCACCACCGCACUACCGCCUCGAGGACAUGGCCAUGGCCCACCACUUCCGUGACUCUUACCGCCACCCUGACCCCCGGGAGCUGCGGGAGCGCCAUCGGCAGCUCGCGGUGCUCGGGUCCCGGCAGGAGGAGGUGAUCGACCACAGGCUCACUGAGCGCGAGUGGGCCGAGGAAUGGAAGCACCUCAACAACCUCCUGAACUGCAUCAUGGACAUGGCGGAGAAGACGCGGCGGUCGCUCACCGUGCUGCGCCGGUGCCAGGAGGCCGACCGCGAGGAGCUCAACCACUGGAUCCGGCGCUACAGCGACACCGAGGACACCAAGAAGGGGCCCACACCCACCACCGCCCGGCCCCUCAACAGCUCUGCGGGUGCAGAGGGGUCUCAGCUAGACAUGCCCCGGGAGUUCCUGCCGAGGACCCUGUCCGGCUACAUGCCCGAGGAGAUCUGGAGGAAGGCUGAGGAGGCAGUGAACGAGGUGAAGAGGCAGGCGAUGUCCGAGCUGCAGAAAGCUGUGUCGGACGCAGAGCGGAAGGCCCAUGAGCUCAUCAGCACAGAGCGCGCCAAGAUGGAGCGGGCCCUGGCUGAGGCCCGGCGGCAGGCCUCAGAGGACGCCUUGACUGUCGUCAACCAGCAGGAGGACUCCAGCGAGAGCUGCUGGAACUGUGGCCGCAAGGCAAGCGAGACGUGCAGUGGCUGCAACGCGGCGCGCUACUGCGGCUCCUUCUGUCAGCACAAGGACUGGGAGAAGCACCACCACGUGUGCGGCCAGAGCCUGCAGGGCCCCGCAGCCGUGGUGGCCGACCCUGUGCCCGGACCGCCCGAUGCCACCGCCAGCCUGGGCUCCUGCCUGCCCACGGGCGCCACCAGCCCCAGCGAGGCCGGCUCUGCAGGGCCCUCUCGCCCUGGCUCCCCCGGCCCGCCUGGCCCACUGGACCCUGCGCCCCGCUGACCCCUCCAGGACCCCGAUGCCCAGCCCACGGACGCCGCGCCCACCCGGCCCCAGCCCUCUGGACGCUGCGCCCGGCCCCGGGACCCCGACCAUUGGAGUCACUGCUGCUACUGCUUCUCUCCAAAAGAAAACACAGAACCAACAAAACUGCAUUCAACGCGACUUCCUCAGCUACCUGGCGCUCUCGCGGGGCGGCCUCCUGAGCAUCCUCAGAAGCCCCCUGCGGGCUUUACCCCGCGGGGCUGACCUGCCUCUCUCUCUCUUCUGUCUUGACGACUUUCACACACUUUCUCUUUAAGGAAAAAAUCUAAUCAUUCGGUGGCUUAUAUUUUCAGUGAAGAAUUUUGGGGGGUUUUGUAGCAGAAGAGCUACUCAGAAAUGGAUAAAGAAAACUGUGGGGGUUUUUUCCCCCCCUUCCUGAUGAAAAAGGGAAAAAGAAAAUGUAUUUUAUAGCCGGAGAUCUGAGCCGCUGUCUCACCGGAACCACCCAGGGGUGUGUGCGCCACGGUGAAGACGGUAAGAAGGAUUUCAAUUUCCGACUCAAGAAGCAUUUUUUGGUUUCAGAUUUUUUGUUUUUCCUUUAACGUCAAACUCUUUGGCUUUAAGUAGAAAUCCAAAAAGUUUUUUUAAGAAAAGUACAGGAAGCAUUCCUGUAAACUACCUUGCCAGCUAGCCAGCCAAGGACGCCGGACACACCUCUGCUGCAAAGGAAAUCCAAAAAGCAAACACACAAAGUUAAAAUCCAAAAUGUUUUGUCACUGCCAAAGUAAUUUUUCACUGUUCGACUCCACUCUUGGGUUUAUUCCGACGUCGGUCUUUCUCUCACUUCAAUUCUGUUUCUGGAGUGUUGGGAUCCUGGGGUGUGGAGGGGUUUGCCCAACAAGAAGCAACUUUGUUUCUCUUCACCUCGACCACUGCGCCUUCGCGGUCGCGGAGGGCAGGUCCGGGGGGCAGCGCGGUGGCGACGCCCCGUGUGUACAUGUGCGCCAGCGGUUCACCAGCCGUGUGUCCACUUGUGUGCAGGGGACGAUACCUCUGUCUGUCCUCAUGCCCUCUGUGAAUUUUGAUCACAUUUCAUUUUUUCCACUUAUGAAAAAAAGUGCUAACGUGUCCUUCCCAGAGAGAGCGUAAUUCCGAGACAAGACUGUGACAAUCUUUUGGGCUGAUCCUUGACUGCUUUUGCAAGCACAAGGAGACAGCGCUGGCCUCUGACUCUGCUUCUCCGUGUCCCUCCUCUACCUCUCCCGGCUCCGCGAUGCCGCCGCCCAUCUCGUCCACCCCAGUGUCUCCUGCGCCCACUCUCCUUUCUCCACACUUUUGCAGAAAAAGAAAAAACUACCGACAAGAACAGUCGCCCUCUCGGCCCCUCUGGAGACUUGGUCAGCUGUAUAUAACCCGGCGCUGUGUCCCGCUGCUCCUCGGGGGUGUUCCCUUGGACGUCCCUGCUCAAUUCCCUGGCGAGCCCACGGAGGACAUGAAGGAACAGGACAUUCUCGCCUGCAGCCCACAGGAGAACAAACAGCAGACACGGCCCGCGAGCUGCCGUGCCCGGCGUCGCUGUAAGAAGUUCCCAGGACUGGAGUGCAAUACGGGGAGUGACCAGCUACUGAACCCGGGGCUCCCGGGGGCCCCGCCGAGAGGCGAGGAGUCAAUGGUGUGCGUUAAUGUGAAUGUAUAUAGUCCCUGCAGAGGUCCAAAUAAUGAUAUUCAUGAUGAUGAUAAUAAAGAAGAUGUUUGCCAAAUAAAAAAGAGAAACCUUGGAAAUAUGUAAACUUUAGAAAAUAGAUUUUCAAAGAAAUCUGAACUGUGCUCCUAUGGAGAGCAGUGGGUUUGUUUGAUGGCUGUCGUUUUUUCAGAGUUGUAAGAAUUCAUUCUCUGAGUAUUAAAAGGAAGGAUCCCAACCGGCUGCCACAGACCAGGUGCCGUCCCGAACCACCACGCCUGACACCGGAAACCUAAUUCUGAAAGUCGAGAUAGCUUUCUCUUACCCUCCAGAAAGUUCCCUGGCUACAGCCACCACCUCCAUUGCCCAAUGCUGCGGGUCCAUCAGCCUCUCAGAGGUUUGCUUCUGUGGGUUUCAGAAAAGCAAGGGCCAGUCUGGAUCUGGGCUCCCCAGGAGACGGCAGAGCCGCCUGACCUGCCUCCAGCCUGCUGUCUUUUUCUCGCGCCAGCGUUGAACCUGUUAACACGGCGUUUUCGUACGCACAGUGAAUUGACCCGUGCCCCCUUGGAGGGGGGCGCUCUUGGACUGUCCCACGAGGUGGUGCUGGUGAACGGGUGGCUCCACCGGGGGUCUGGGCCCCUGAGGACUCGUGUCCCUGACGUCAGGACUUAGGGGGCCUUCCGGUCUGUGGCGAGUGGUGGAGGAGCCCUCACCUGGAAACCCGCUGGUUUGCUUUGCUGGCCUCUGUGUCCCUUCCCCUCACAGGGUCCCCCUUUGGGGACAAGCAGGCAGGCCAGGGACGGUAGCGUGUUGGCCAGCUGGUGGCAUCCUGGCCAGACCAGCUUCCAAGGCCGGACCACAGGCUGAGGGUCCAAGGUGGGGCGGCCCCUCCCACUCCAGCUGUUGGGAAGAGCUGGCCCUCAAGCCAACUAUAGAAGUCUGUCUUCCCAGUGUGGUUCCACGUCCACAGCCCCUACGCCAAGACGCGGCGCUGACAGGCACUGCAGAAACCUGCGUGAGGGGUGGCCACAGGCCGACCGGUGGAGCCCCUGCAGGCCGAGAGUGUCCUCGGGAUCGGGAUGGCAGUUGGCGGCGGGGGGCUUCCAGUGAGGAAGCCAAAGCCCAGAGUGGGUGGGAGGGGGGUGUCCUGGUGCGCUGUGUCAACCGAUGCCGGCAGGUGUGGCUGGCUCAGACAAGCAGGUGGCUCCUCCUGCCCAGGGAGGCCUGGGGGGCGCUGGGGCUCCCUUCCAGGCUCUGGGAGCUGGCGUUUCUGUCGGUCACUGUGCUCAGGCCUCAUCUGGCCAAAGACUUCACAGCAGAACCAAACGGAAUCAAUAGCUUUGGGGAGGGGAGGGGCGGGCAGAACUCUUGCAUCAGGAGUUGGAUGGUGGCAACAAACAGCAAGGGUUUCCCCUGCUGUCUGCACCUGGAGCACCUGCCUUUCUCAUGCAAGGAGGGGAUCCAGACAGAAGGGGCUCUAGCCGCCUGCUCUUAGCUCCGAGGCCGUCCUGCCCUGCUACCUCCUGAGCUUACAGACCGCUGACCAGCACUGCAGCGUGUGAGGGUCUCCUCCCCGCGGGCCACCGCCAGCAUCAGACACACAGGUGACCCAAAAGCUCUGUGAGACGUGGCUGCUCGCAGAGCCUCCCUCCCCCAGAUUCUGAGGCCAAAGCUAUAGCAGGAAGGCAAAGUGAGGCAGGUGGGCAGGGCGGCAGGCAGAGCACCCCAGCCCACAGGGCCAAGCCAGGGAUGAUGGACGGACAGGGGACAGCAGGACAGAUGCUGGCACCCAGGCCCUCUCUUUCACCCCCAUGUAGAAAGCCCCCUGGUGUGUGACUCCUCGACCUUUCCCACCCCCUCGCCGCUCGUUUCCCAUCCUGCCCUGGACCCGCACUGGGUUUUCUUUUAGGACGUCUUGCCACCCCCAGGUGGUAUCUGGGGGUGUUCUGUUGACCCCCCACUGAGACAAAGGCAAACACCAGGGCAUCCACACACAGACAGGCUGGCACAGCCCCAACCCCAUAUGAACAGAGAGGGUCCCAACACCACGGCUCACCAUGACCAAAAGGAGGCCUUGGGUGUUACCAGGGGGCAAAGAGGAAAGCUAGAGAAAGCCUCAGGGGUCCGGGAGGGUAAUGGUCAUAGGACAAGAGGAGCCAGCCCAUCAGGAAGGGGCUGCCCUGUGGGCUCGAUGGGUGGGGGUCACUCAUCGGGACCCGAGAGGUUGAGUGGUGGAGGGAGACGGAUGGAAGAAGGGCAAGGGGCUGUUGGUUUUGGCUUCACCCCAACAACUUGGUGGAGAGAGAUCAGGACAGGCCCUAACUUUCUCCUGUUUGCUAAUUUUUCCAAAUAUAUCCUCAAAAUGACACCAAAGCCCCAUCUCUGGCAUCUACCCAUCCUGUCUGACCCAGCCCACUCUAGCCAGCAUGUCUGGGCAUUAAUCUGCCCUUUCCCUCAACCAACCUACAGUUAUUCAUUGAUUCUUUUCUUUCAUCAGUUCAUCCUUCUGAUUAAUCCAGUCAUCCAUCAGUCCAUCCAUCCAUCCACCCACUGACUCACCCAUCCAUGUGUCAACUCAUCCAUCCAUCAGUCCAUCCAUCCACCCACUGACUCACCCAUCCAUGUGUCAACUCAUCCAUCCAUCAGUCCAUCCAUCCACCCAUCCAUCCAUCCAUCCGUCCACCCAUCCGUCCAUCCAUUACUUUAUCCCAACUAUCACUUGAUCCCAUCCACCUCCACCCAUUCUUUCGCCCAUCCACCUGUCUCUCCACCAUUCACCCCUAUACAUGCCACACAUGUGUCUGCCCAUCCAUUCUCCAAUCUAACACACCCAGCCACACCUCAGUCCAUCACCCCAUCCACUUCUCCAUCCACUGAACCCAGAGUAGCACCACCAACUCCUUCGAUGUCGAAAGCUGCAAGGGUGCUUUGGACCCUCCUGUGACCUCAACUGCCCCAUAGGAAACUGCCUGUGGGCACAGCCACCCCCUCCCAGCCAUUGGUCCCCGCCUGCUCCAGGCAUUGUGGGCAGAUUGGACCAAUGUCCUAGCAACAGCUCCGGCCAGUCUGGGCCCGCCUGGCAAGUGUGGUGGCCUUGGGCCAGGAGUGCGCAUUGGGAGGCAGCCUGCACACCUGCUCAGGGGCCCUAUGACCGGGGCCACCAGUCAGGGUGAGCACAUUCCCUGGCAAGGCCCUGACAUUGCAAGGCGGGUCUGCCCUCUCCUCCCCUUGUCUCCAGGUCACUGCCCGGAGGAGGUGUCCCCAGGAAAGCAGGGAGGGGAGAAGGAACCCAGUUCUGGCCUCGCCCCAGACCCCAGCGCUCCUGCAGCCCUGCUUCCUGGGGCUUGCUCUGCCUCACUCCCACUCCCACCUUCCAUCCUGGGGCCCCAGGCGGCUGGAGAUGAGCCUUCAGAGCUCUGCAGAGACAGAAACAGACCCUGCCCAGCUGCAUUCUGCCGAUGGUGAUGGGUGUCCUCUGGGACCCUGGAGGCCCAGCACAAGCCCCCAGUGGCUGCUCCCACCUGCCUCCAGGCUCCCAAGCCACACAGGGCAUUUUCCAGAAUGGGGCUGGGAGCAAGGCUCCCCGAUUAUGGUCCUGCUGGCAGGAGAGGAAGAAGAGAAAGAAAGCAGAGGGGAUGCAAGGAGAGCUGGGCUUGGGGGACGUCUGCUCCUCUGGACGCCUCACAGAUAAGGCCUGGGGAGCUGGAGUCUGUGACAGCACCCUGCACUGGUGACCACAGUCCCAGAAAACUCCAUCUUGCAUGUUUUUAUUCCUUUCAUUUCAAUUCAGCUGGCCCCUGGAGUGCCACCCAAAGACCCCUUGUAGCAGUAGCACAACAUCGGAACUCAGAUUGGAAUCUGGUUUUUAAGCAUUAGGAGGAAGGCACUAGGUGGCCUUGCUCCCCAUGGACAGGGGCCCAGCCAGGCUGGCUCCAGUUCACCACUGGGUCCUCCGCAGGCCGAGGGGCCGGGCCGUGGGGACAGGGCCGAGCACAGCCUGUGGGGAACGGCUGGCUGUCCCCUUCCUCUCUAGUCUUCUUUUUUUUCAAUUCCCCAAAAGGAGCUGGCCCGAGAGCACUGGGUGGGUUUCCCGCCGCGGCUUCUCGGCGCCGUCUAGGACCCAUGGUGCGCAUCCCCUCGCGCAUCCCGAUGUACGCUCUGUCUGACCUGAGCGCUGUGAGAUGUCGCACCAGGUCUCGUCGGUUCUCUCUGUGUCGUGUAAU